AUGGCGAGUUUUGAGGAAAGCUCUGAUUUGGAAGCUAUACAGAGCCAUCUCUUAGAAGACUUGUUGGUUUGUGAUGGUUUCAUGGGAGAUUUUGACUUCGAUGCUUCUUUUGUCUCAGGACUUUGGUGUAUAGAACCACACGUUCCUAAACAAGAACCUGAUUCUCCAGUUCUUGAUCCGGAUUCUUUCGUCAACGAGUUCUUGCAAGUGGAAGGGGAAUCAUCAUCAUCAUCAUCACCAGAGCUGAAUUCAUCGUCAUCAACAUAUGAGACUGAUCAGAGUGUGAAAAAGGCAGAGAGGUUCGAAGAAGAAGUAGAUGCUAGACAUUACCGAGGAGUGAGGCGAAGGCCGUGGGGGAAAUUUGCAGCAGAGAUUCGAGAUCCAGCAAAGAAAGGAUCAAGAAUCUGGCUAGGAACAUUUGAGAGUGAUGUUGAUGCUGCAAGAGCCUAUGACUGUGCAGCUUUCAAGCUCCGGGGAAGAAAAGCCGUGCUCAACUUCCCUCUUGACGCCGGGAAAUAUGAAGCUCCAGCGAAUUCAGGAAGGAAAAGGAAGAGAAGUGAUGUGCAUGAAGAGCUUCAAAGAACUCAGAGCAAUUCAUCUUCAUCUUCCUGUGAUGCAUUUUAG